CUUCCUCUCUCUCUCUCGCCUCUUGUUCAGCUAUGUUCCUCUUUCUCUCUCUCUCCAAAAACCGAACAUUUCUGCAAUGAAAUUUCGGGUGUAGGCUUUUCUACGCAGAAAACUGAGGGAACUUUUAUUAUUGUUUCAAGGCUUUGAUGGGUAACGGAAUCGGGAAGCUCAGCGUCUGCUUCACCGGCGGCAACGAGGUUCGCCGGACAAAGAACAUAGGUUUUGUCAUAUCUGAUCCAUUGGAUGAUCUGGUUCACUCCGAAGAGACGACGACUUUCCGAUCAAUCUCCGGGGCUUCUGUUAGUGCCAACACAUCAACACCUCUAUCUACUUCCUUGGUAGAUCUCUACAGCUACAACAGUAUCGAUCGGGCCUCAACUUUUGAGAGCUCCAACUCUUUCGCUGCCAUUCCUCUCCAAGUUAUCCCGAGAAAUUCAAUCAAUUCCGGGCCGUUAGCUUAUCAUUCCGGUCUUAUUCCGGAAUCGGGUCCGAUCGAACGGGGCUUUCUAUCAGGCCCGAUAGAGAGAGGGUUCUUAUCGGGUCCCCUUGAUAAUCGUGGCCUUUAUUCGGGUCCGCUGGAAAAGAAUGGUUCCGAUCAGUUCCAGAGAAGCUUCUCUCAUGGUGGUUUUGCUUUUCGAUCCAGAUCAAGAAAGGGGUCAUUGAUUAGGGCUCUAAAAAGAGCCAUAUCGAAGACCAUAUCUAGAGGGCAAAACUCGAUCGUUACGCCCAUUAAAGGGGUUGUUUCGGUGAAACAACUGGAUUGGAUUGUUGGGUCAGAAAAGCAAAACGAGUUGACAAUUAAAAAGCAAAACGAGUUGACAAUUAGUAGCACGAAUCAAAAUGAGUUGACAAUUAGUAGUGUGAAUUUGAGCAGUGAUUAUAGUUUAGACGAUGAUGAUGAUUUGUUGGUGGGUCAGAAUUUACAGUGGGCGCACGGAAAAGCCGGUGAGGAUCGUGUCCAUGUCGUGGUUUCUGAGGAACAUGGAUGGGUUUUUGUGGGAAUUUAUGAUGGAUUUAACGGCCCUGAUGCGACUGAUUAUUUGUUGUCAAAUAUGUAUUCUGCUGUUCAUAAGGAACUCAAGGGUUUGCUAUGGGAUGAUAAGUUCGAUUCCUCAAAUUUUAGUUCCUCUGUUUCGGUCGAGGGUUUAAAUUCUGAAACAGAGUAUUCGAUUAGGCGUCCCGACAAUGAAAAUGAAUUUUCGAGGGAUAGGACUAGGGAUGGGUGUUCGAGGGGUAUUGAACAAGAGAAUUAUCCAUGCGGAAGUAUGGGUGAUAACUCGGAUUUGUGCAAUCGAAAGCGGAGAAGUAAGAGUUCGAAGAGCAAGUAUACGGGAGGGGCGGCGAAGAAAUGGGAGGAGAAUCAGAGGAGGUGGAGGUGUGAGUGGGAUAGAGAGAGGUUGGAGCUUGAUAGGAGGUUAAAGGAACAAUUGAAUCGAAAUGGGUCUAAUGGAUCAGGAACGAUUAAUCACUUGGAUGUGUUGAAAGCUCUGUCUCAUGCAUUGAAGAUAACAGAGGAGGCCUAUUUGGAUAUUACUGAUAAGAUGGUGGUGGAGAAUCCAGAGUUGGCGAUGAUGGGUUCUUGUGUUCUUGUGAUGUUAAUGAAGGGAGAGGAUGUGUAUUUGAUGAAUGUGGGCGAUAGUCGGGCGGUUUUAGCUCAGAAAAAGGAGCCUGAUCUUUGGAGCCAGGAUCUAGAGAGAAUCAAUGAAGAAACACUUCAUGAUCUUGAGGGUAGUGAUGGCGAUAGAUCCAGUACAGUACCAAGUUUAACUGCUUUUCAGCUCAGCAAAGAUCAUAGCACCUCUGUGGAAGAGGAAGUUCAAAGAAUAAGGCGUGAACACCCUGACGAUGCUUUUGCUGUGAUGAAUGACCGUGUGAAAGGUUCAUUGAAAGUCACUCGAGCUUUUGGUGCUGGAUUUCUCAAGCAGCCUAAAUUGAACAAUGCACUGCUGGAAAUGUUUAGACUUGAUUACAUCGGAAAUUCCCCGUACAUCACGUGUCUUCCAUAUCUCUAUCAUCACCGAUUAGGGCCAAGAGACAGGUUUUUAAUAUUAUCAUCCGAUGGCCUCUAUCAAUAUUUUACAAACGAAGAGGCUGUUUCUGAGGUUGAGCUAUUCCUAUCAUGGUCACCCGAAGGAGAUCCUGCACAGCAUCUGGUUGAGGAAGUGCUAUUUCGUGCAGCUAAGAAAGCUGGUCUGGAGUUUCAAGAGUUGCUAGAGAUACCACAAGGGGAUCGGCGUCGAUACCAUGAUGAUGUAUCAGUCAUUGUUAUUUCCCUGGAGGGGAGGAUAUGGAGAUCAUGUGUAUAA